AUGGCUGAUGAUGUAAAGAGAAGAGCACCAUUUUACUUGAGUGAUUGGACGGAUGCUUGGGAUUAUAGAGUUGUGCCGGCUACGAUUUAUAUGUAUUUUGCAAAUAUUUUACCUGCAUUAGCUUUUUCUUUGGAUAUGUUUACAAAGACGAAUAUGAGUUAUGGAGUGAAUGAAGUUCUUCUUGCUUCUGUCCUAGGAUCAGUGGUUUUUGCAGUAUUUGCCGCUCAACCAUUGGUUAUUGUAGGAGUUACAGGACCAAUCACUGUUUUCAAUUAUACUGUCUACGAUAUUAUUGUUCCUACAGGAGCAAACUUUUUUGCAUUUAUGGCAUUAAUUGGAUUAUGGUCCCUAUUAAUGCAUUGGAUACUCGCCAUUACCAACUCAUGCAACUUACUUCGUUAUGUCACUCGUUUCUCUUGCGAUAUUUUUGGAUUUUACGUAGCAUUUAUUUACCUCCAGAAAGGUAUCCAGGUCCUAACCCGUCAAGGCUCGGAUGAACCAUUCUACCUUUCUAUCGUUAUCGCAUUACUAGUUACCACCGUUGCAUUCUUGUGCGGUGUUGUUGGGGAUAGUCCAUUAUUCCGGCAUUAUGUCCGAGUUUUUAUAAAAGAUUACGGCACACCUCUCACUAUCAUUUUUUUUACUGGGUUUGUACACAUUGGUAAAAUGAGAGAAGUAGAUUUGACUACACUACCUACAACCCAAGGAACUGAAUACCCCCUCCGAAAGCCUGCUGGCUUUCACUGGGAUAUUUUCCUCCUCGGGUUCACAACUGGUAUUGCUGGUCUGCUGGGAAUCCCUUUUCCUAACGGUCUCAUUCCACAAGCCCCAUUCCACACUGAAUCGCUUUGCGUUACCAAACUUGUUGCUGAUACCGAUGAAUCGGGAGAUUCAAAAGGUCAUCUCAAGCCAGUUACAUCCCACGUCGUCGAACAACGAGUCAGCAAUCUAGCCCAAGGUCUAUUAACCCUAGGGACUAUGACUGGUCCUCUACUUAUAGUCAUCCACCUCAUCCCUCAAGGUGUUCUAGCGGGUCUUUUCUUCGUCAUGGGUAUUCAAGCUCUUCUCGGCAAUGGAAUGACUACUAAAAUUCUCUUCCUUCUCAAAGAUUCCUCGCUAACCCCUUCUUCCGACCCCUUACGACAUCUUCCUCGAAAAUCUGCCAUCUGGAUAUUCGUAGCAAUUCAACUCUUUGGUUUUGGUGCCACGUUUGCUAUCACACAGACAAUCGCGGCAGUAGGAUUCCCAGUCAUUAUUCUAGCGUUGAUUCCGGUAAGGAUAUGGAUGCUACCAAGAUGGUUCACGAAAGAGGAAUUGGGAGUAUUGGAUGGAGCAACAGCGAGUCCUUUUACGAUGAUUAGCGUAGGGGGUAAUCAUGGAGAAGAGAUUGAAGAGGAGGGACUCUCAACUAGUGUCGAUGUUGUUAGGGAGGGUAUGCUAGUGGGUAAUACUUCGGAUGAGAGCAGCGGAAAUGGAAAAAGGGUUGUAGAAACUGAAGGUGAUGGUGAUGAAGGACGAGCUGAGCGAGGUGAAUUUCAAACCGGUGGUCCGGGUACUGAAAGAACUAGGAGGAAAGAGAAUUGGAAGGGAGAAGGAAGAAGUGGUGGAUUAAGUGAGCCCAUGGAGUUACAAAAUCUGGGCAUGAGUAGAAGAAGUGUUAGUAGACAGCAUGAGUAG